AUAUAUAUGGACAGUGUACUCAACUUGAAGACAAGCUCCUCUUUAUUUCCCUCCAUUAUUUUCACACCAAAAGCCAAAGAUGGUUUUGUGGAGCCAAUUGGUCAUCUCAAGUACUCUGCUUCUCCAUUUAGUCAGCAUUAUAUCUGUGUUCUUACACACUACUGCAAGAGCAGAGCUUGUAGUACAAAAUGUUAGUGGUCUUAGUUGGAAAAGCAAAGGAGUAGUAAGCAGUAGCAGGUGCAACUUGUUUCAGGGUCGAUGGGUUAUUGACCCUUCUUUUCCUCUCUAUGAUUCCUCAACUUGCCCUUUCAUUGAUCCUGAAUUUGAUUGCCAAAAAUAUGGCCGCCCUGAUAAGCAAUACAUGAAAUAUGCUUGGAAACCUGAUUCUUGCAACUUACCCAGGUUUAAUGGAAAAGAUUUCUUGAAGAGAUGGACAGGAAAGAAGAUAAUGUUUAUUGGUGAUUCGUUGAGUUUGAACAUGUGGGAAUCACUAGCUUGUAUGCUACAUGCGUCGGUGCCCAAUGCCAAGACUUCUUUUGCUAGGAGGGAGACACUUUCUUCUGUGACCUUUCAGGUUUACUCUCUGUUUUCUUUUUGUGCUUUUAGUUUUCUUGUUUUCCUUUCUGCUGUUCACUCUGCGAAAGAAAAGAUAAGAAGAUAAGUACUUUCUCAGUGAGGAACUCGAGUUUCUGUUAGUUCAUCACUGCUUGGGAAGAAACUCGAGUGAAAGGGGAAAAAGAAAAGUCGUUGGUAUUUUACUGUUUUUGAUUGGGUGUAAAACAUCUUUAAUCCCAAGUAUUUUAGGAUAUUGGUUGCAUUUAAUAGUUGAAAACAUCUACGUUACGUUAUUAUAAUUGUAGUGGAUCAUGAUGUUGGUUGUUACAAUAGUGAUAAAGUAUAGCAAGUGGGGAGGGUGUAGAAUUCAGCCGAAAAUAAGUUACCUCUCUUACUUUGAAAAUUUUCUAUCUUAAAAUUCUAUACAUGAAUGGUAUAAAAAAAAAUACUCACAAUUAUAUUACUUUAAAGUAAUUACGUAUAAAUUUCUAUAGUCAAUUAGUAAUUUGAUAAAAAUGACAAGUAAUCUUCUAUAAUACAUUAUAUUAGAUAAUCG